AUGGCCACCAUCGGCCAAACGGAGGAGCGCUUCUUCGCCUCCUUGGCUCGCGCGUCCGUGGCGCGCUGCGAACGCUUUGCGGUGGAGGAGAUGCUACUCUUGUGUUCGGCCUUCGACAAGGCUGGCUUGGUGCAUGUCCCCUUGCUGGAAGCAUCUGCAAAGCUGCUUAGACAUCAGGUCUCGCAGGUCCCUGGUGCUGACCUUGCCAAAGGUUUGAAGAGUUUGGCCACCUGCUGUGUGAGAGAUUUGGACCUCGGCAAGGCUGUGGGUGAAUACCUGGCGGAAGGCCCCAAG